ACAUAGCCCCCCAGGCCAGCCAACGUUUAGCCAGGUGGCCAGGCGGCUGGGCUGUAGUAUCUGUACGGCAUCGCCUUCGCUUCCAGUGUUUUCUUUUUAAUGCAAUGUUUAGUAGUCUGUGACAUCGUAACAGUCUGUAGAAAAUCGUAGACCGAACUUGUUUCCAAAAAAAUCAGAGUAUCACGACUCCUGCGAUCCGGCGACUCGUGGAUGCACGGAUGUACCGGCGGCCACGAGUCGCCGGCGCACCCGUGCAUCGCAUGUCGCGUGCAAGCGCCGGUUCGAGCUGCUUGGGCAGAGAAGAUGCGGCCGACAUCUGGGAAGCGGCCCGCGAAAAGGCGGCAUCGCAAGAGUAUGCUUGUCAAGAGACUGACGCCUAAGUUAAGACGCACCCUGAGGAUACGGCCAAAGGGGACUACCAGCCGCAAGCCGAAAACGUGCCCGCAGUCCGACCUGUGGACCGUCACAUCCGACGGAUACUUUGGAGACCCGACGAAGACCAGAACAGCACGAUUGAGAAAGCUUUCGGGUCCCGCGGCGACUUCGUCGUGGCUCAACGAAAGGCGAGAGUUUGAACAAGUCGUGGACGAAUUCGAGAAAGAGGAGUCGGCAUCCGACGUCAGCGAGUCCGAUUCCCUCUUUGACGGUGCUUUGUCCCGCCGGCGACCUUUGGACGAGCCGAGGAGGAGAGGCAAGGGACGUGGGGAAGCUCGCGGAGCAGGCUCUUGGGCGGAAGAGGGUGGCAGCGUCGCUGGAUCGGAGGAAGACGUCUCGGAGUCGGCAUCUGACGACGGCGAAAGCGGGAGCGACGAGGAGCUGUCGGAACACGGCUCGUUUUUGGUCGACUGCACGGUGGCAAGUGGCAUGGAAAGCUGUGACGAGGAGACUUCUCAAGCCUCUGACAGUGCAUACAGGGUGUUCCUGCUGUCCAAGCACCAGCUGCUGGCGGUGCUCAAGCCCCCCGUGGCCCUGUGCCUGGUGGGGCGUGCCCACCUGACCGUGCUCCAGGGGGCGCUGACGGUGGACGGCCAUCUUGCAACACCCGGCCGCAGCGGCCUCCUGGUCGAGGCGGGGUUCCUCUCCGCUCCGGCUCACCUGCAUCCCAUCCGGCCGCACUCCGACUCGAGCUCGCUCCAGCUGCGUAGAGCGCUGUCGAGGUUGGGUGCGGCAGAGGCCUGGGGCUCUCUGCGUGCCCACCUCGGCCCCGGAUCGGCCGUGGUGCUGCUGGAGCGGGUGGGGGAGCGGUGGCCGGCCUGCCAGCUGGGCGCCCAGGGGCUCCUGCCCCGCCUCAAGGGCCCCUACCUGGGGCUGGGCUUCAAGCUCAGGGCGGACCGGCACCGGCAGCCUUGGAGGCUGCCCCUGACGACCCUGGCACGCCGCCUCUCCAGGGCUUCCCCAGGUGGUGAGGUGCCACGCGUCGUCGUCUGCGGCCGUCAGAACUCUGGCAAGUCGACGGUGCUCAGGACACUGGUGAACUCCCUCCUCAACGUGUGCCCCGAAGUGGUGUACCUGGACUGCGAUCCGGGCCAGUCGGAGUUCACUCCCGCGGCAGCCCUCUCGCUCACCAGGGUCACCGAGCCACUCCUAGGGCCCCCGUUCACGCACGUGCACACGCCGGAAAAGAUGUACUUCCUGGGCCACGUGAGUCCAGCGAGCCAGCCGGAUGCCUACUCAGCGGCGGUAUCCAAGCUGCUGGAGCACUGCCGGCAGCACUUCCCCAACACCCCGCUGGUGGUGAACACCAUGGGAUGGGUGGCCGGCAUUGGUCUCUCCCUGCUGGUGGACGUGAUCCGGCGGACCUCCCCGACGGACUUGAUCCAGCUGCGGCCCGGGUCGGCGGAUGCGGAGGACCUGCCCCCGCUGGAUCCCCACGUGGUGGAGCGUGCCUGCGGCUGGCUCACGGCGAGGGGGGACGGCACCGGUCCACGGGUCUUCUCCUGCCACCAGCUGCCGGGGGGCACCUGGAGGGCCAGGUCCCAAGCCAAGUUGAAGCGGGACGCCAUGAUGCUUGCCUACCUGGGUCGCAACAUUCUCAACAACGACACCGUGACUCCUUUCUGGCUCUGGAGCACCGUGCCCUACAGGGUGCCCUGGUGUUCGCUGGCCAUCCACGACUGCGACGGCGUCGUGCGCAAGCAGGACCUCCUCCACGUCGUGGCCGGCAGCGUGGUGGCGCUCUGCGUGGUCCCCAGGGAAACGCUCCUGGAAACGAACAAGAGCGACUACCCGAAAUUCGUUGAGGGAACUGGACCCUACGAGUGUCUGGGAUACGGCUUGGUGCGUGCUGUGGACCCAGCCGAGAAGGUGUUCUACAUCUUCAGCCCCGAGCCCAGGGAGCGGCUGUCGCAGGUCAACGCCCUGGUCACGGGAGACAUCCACCUUCCCGAUGCUGUACUCUUCAGCCAGGCCCAGAUGUUCAGGCAGAAAAUGCUGCCAUACGUGGAGAAGAAUUUGGUCUCGUCGGGCGAAGAACAACAGGAAGAUGUUUUAGGAGCGAGAGUCGGGGACGAAUCCGACUGCGAGUGAAGUAGGCCAGAAGCAACAAUUUGAGAAAUUUUAAAUAAAACGAGCCCCAAUGUCUGACC